CAGAUUCAGGAUCGAUAUAUCUGGGAUCCAGGAUAGUCAAGUGAGCUCCAAUCGGCUCUUAUAUGCCACUCGCAAUCGAGCAGGACGCGGCUUAUCAUUUGCAGAUAAAGUUCGAAUUCAUGAAAGCAAACAACUAAAGGCAUUAUGACAAAAAGUUGUGGAAAAUUUAAAUGAAUGACUAGAAGCAAGACAAAAACAAAAAUAAAGUGGAAUAAUUUUAAAUAUACAGAGGUAAAAUGAAGAUUGACCAUUACACGUUCACUCUAUUGCUUGUUGGCCUGUUACUCUAUGGAUUGGGACUGUCAGAAUCUAAAGACAAAAACGGAGAUGGGACUAAAUCAUUCAAGAAACAUCGAGACAGAGCACAAAAAGACAAAGCACUUCGGGAAAAGGCAUUCAGAGAUAAACCCCAAAGGGACAAAUCACUAAAACAACCCAGAAAUGCAGAUCUAGAGGAGUUGGAGGAGAAAAAUGAUGGAACCUGCUCUCUGGAGGUUCGUUGUACUGACGCCGGAAGUUUACCCGCUUCGCUACCUAUCAAAGGGCCCAAAGGACCACCUGGAAAACCGGGUGAAAGUGGGUCGCCAGGGAUGAAUGGCAUACCCGGGCUUCCAGGAAAACCAGGCUUUCCUGCUCCAACACCACACCAGGUUGCGUUCAUGGCUGGUCUUUCUGAGAACAUUGGACCAGUAGAUGUAAACUCUGACAUUGUCUUCGAUCGGAUACUGACAAACCGGGGAAAGGGCUAUGAUGAGAAUACUGGCAGGUUCACAGCUCCACAUAAUGGCACUUAUCAGUUCUUUGUUGUAAUAUCCGCACAGGGUCGACAGAAGGCAGCUGUGAAAUUGAUGCGUUCAGUGGGACUCGGAGGAAAGAAACAAUCUAUGAUAUUCACUGUAUGGGCCGAGAGUAUCCCUUACUGGGCCACUGCGACAAAUACUGCCAUCUUGGAUCUCGAGAAAGGGGAUCAGGUGUGGCUGGUGCUACUAGCAAGAGCACCAUACCUGCACGGAUACAUGUACUCCACAUUUACAGGGACCAUACUAUUCUAGAUACUUGAUUGCAGCGGGGAGGCAGAACCGACAGUAGACUCAAUUAGAGUGAGCAGCCAUAAAUGUCAAGAUAUCUGGCGAUAUGUUCAGAGUAGUUCGCGAUAUGAUCCAAGCUGGGUUACCAACCUCGAAUGUACGGACGUGUAACUUCAAACAUAAAAUAGUGUUCUGCAUUAACUGACAUUAUUUUGCCAGAGGACACCAUUCCAUCUUGUUAGCUGUAUAAGUGUUGACAAAAAGUUGCACUACGUCUGUCAAGCCAUGCACUAUAAACUGACACAUAUAGGUCGUGGUUAGACGUUUAGACAGUUUCAUUAAUUAUAAUCUGACAAUAAUCAGGCCUAGCAAUGUAAUUGUUAUAUAUAUAUGUUAAUGUCCAUAUUUGCCACACUUAGUACAGGAACAUUUAGCUACUUCAUAAAUCAUGUGAGGUAUAAACGUAUUUAUAUAAAUAUUCGAAAAAAGAAUGUUCUAACUAAAACUGGUCUCGCUAACCACCCAAAUUCACUUUUGUUUCAAUCCAUAGCUGGGCAUACAAAAUUCUCCGUCCAAAUAUCUCAUUAUCAGUCAUGCUUCAACUUACCAUUUCGGAAUUGUGAGAUGACUGAAAAAAUCACUAAGAUUUCACUCUGGAGAAUUUAUAUCUGCUCCCUCAGUGGAUAGAGGAGAAGUCAAACCAUUAAGUCAAAUGGAGAUUCCAACCCUUUUCGUCAAUUCUUGCAUACAUAAGAGUUAUGUUGUUGGAGGUUUUGGAUAUCGGGGUAUACCCCGAGGAAAAUAUAGAUAUCUCACUGAGGCACCGGAGGGUCCGAGGUAAGAUAUCAUAUUUCCAGAGGGAUAUACCCCAUAUUCAAAAGUGA